AUGUGUACUUUGCCUCGACCUGUAUUCUGCCAUUCAACCAUUGUAACACCUUCUGACCGCAUGUGCUGUUAUGGCAGUUAUGUAGAAUAUGAUCCUGUAAAUUUGAAUGUUCAAUGUUCAAAUAAUAUAGCUACUGUAUGGAUCACAAUACCCAAAUUAAAAAUCAUCAGUUGGGAAGCCAUAGUUCAUUAUUUUAAAAAAGAAAUGUUUGAAUCAAGCAUUGAAAAUCUUAAAAAAAUUGGUAUACCUCCUGAAUUUUAUAACAGAAUAAUUGAAGCUAG